AUGUAUACUGAAAUAAGAGAUUUUCCUUUUUACAUUCAUUCUUUUCGUAUUAAUGGCACAAAAAGAACAAGACAAACGCUUUUAGAAUCUGUGACUUACAAUGCGCUUCAAGCUCGCACACUGGGAACAAUCAUUGAUGAAGUUCGUAUAGCUGCUGAUAAAUUGCGUCGACUUGACAUUUUUCAGUAUGUUGACGUGUUGCUAGAUGCUAGCAAUGAUACUGGAGCCCUUGAUGUUAUUUUGUCUGUAGAAGAAAAAAGUCGCUUUUGGAUAAAAACUGGAACUGAAAUUGGUAAUGAUGCUGGGAGCGCGAAUAUUUCAUUAAAUGUUCGGAAUGCGUUUGGAGGUGCAGAGACAUUGGAAGCCUACAUGUCUGCUGGCACUCAGACUUCACACGUAUUUGAGUUUUGUUUAGCAAAACCAAUUAAUGGAAAUCCAGACUCCAGGGCUGACAUCUCCGCAUUCAGCUUGACUAGAAACAAUCAAAUUUACAGUUCUCAUGAUGAAAUCAUGCGAGGGAUUGCAUUAAGAUGGAGGAUACUUUCUCGGGUUGGAUACCAUGAACUCGGUUACGGUUCAACUUGGAGACAAAUAUGUAACAUAUCUCCUCAGGCGACAUUAAGUAUCCGUGAAUCAGCAGGUCAUUCCCUGAAAUCAUCUGUGACACACACAUUAAUUCGUGACAAGCGUGAUGACUCGAUGUUACCGUCACGUGGAUACUACAUAAAGCUCUUUCAGGAGUUAGCUGGGUUAGGUGGUGACGUUAAAUUUAUUAAAAAUGAAAUAGAAAGUCAAAUAAAUUUUCCGCUUGGGAAGGGUUUCAUUUUUAGCGCAUCAUUAAGAAACGGAUUUUUAUAUUCGUUAAAUGGCCAACAGUCAAAAAUCUCUGAUCGAUUUUUCCUUGGUGGCGCUCAAUCAAUACGAGGGUUCAAAUUAAAUGGCAUUGGUCCAAGAGAAGACAAAAAGGAUUCUUUGGGUGGAGAUCUUUAUAUAGCAGGAGGUGCGAGUCUGUUUACACCUCUUCCGAAGCUAAGUAAAUACCCUGUUAAGGGUCAUUUGUUUCUGAAUGGAGGAAGUUUGCUUCAAAUGAAUCCAUGUGA